UCUACACUGAUCCCCGCCCCUCAGUCAGGCUGUCCCUGCGGGUUCUCACUGGUUUGACACAAAGCGCGCUCCCGUAGACUACUGUAGCAGCAAAGUGGUGCCUUGUACAUGAGCGGUGUUUGGGAUAGAAGACAAGGCCAAAUAUGGCAGGGGGGCGCCGGGGUCCAAACCGGACUUCUUACUGUCGCACCCCUCUGUGUGACCCAGGGGCUGCAGGGGGAUCUGUUCAUGGAGGGACACCUUCCAUCAGCGGAGUGAGAUCUCGGGCCAGGAGUAGUUCCAACACAGGUCUGUCCAGUCCCCCACUGGCUACUCAGACAGUGGUCCCCUUACGGCAUUGCAAAAUUCCAGAGCUGCCUGUAGAUCGUCACCUUUUGUUUGAGCUGCAACUCUUCUUCUGCCACCUUAUUGCAUUAUUUGUACACUACAUAAACAUCUAUAAAACUGUCUGGUGGUACCCGCCUUCACAUCCCCCUUCUCACACAUCUUUGAAUUUUCACUUAAUAGACUUCAAUGUAUUGACGCUUACUACCAUUGUGCUAGCUCGCAGACUGAUUGGAGCAAUUGUGAAGGAGGCUUCACAAGGGGCAAAACCUUCUUUGCCACACUCUUUGCUCCUGGUGAUUACACGGUUUGCAGUGCUGACUGGUACAGGCUGGAGUUUAUGCCGCUCAAUCAUUUUGUUGUUUAGGACACACUCCUUCCUGAACCUACUUUUCCUCUGCUACCCAUUUGGCAUGUACAUCCCUUUCUUGCAACUGGGCUGUGACGUUCGACGGUCUGGGCUCUUUUCACCAAUGGCCGCGCACCGUGCAAGUGGAGAACUGAGUUCUGCGGAGCGAGGGGGAAGAGAUUACAUGACAGUCCUGCAGCAUAUGUGGAGACUGCAUAUGCCCAGUACGGAGCCACUACCCACACAUGCAUGCUGCCUCUCACCUGAUUUGAUUCGCAGUGAGGUGCAAUAUCUGAAGCUGGACUUCAAUUGGAGGGUUCGGGAGGUGCUGCUCAGCUCCAUGCUCUCUGCAUACUACAUAGCUUUUGUUCCUGUCUGGUUUGUAAAGAGCACUCAAUAUUAUGAUAAACGUUGGUCCUGUGAGCUCUUCCUGCAAGUCUCCCUAAGCACAUCGGUCAUUCUAACUCAGCACCUCCUGCCUGCUCGGUACUGUGACCUCCUACAUAAAGCUGCGGCUCACCUUGGUUGUUGGCAGAAAGUGGAUCCAGCACUAUGUUCAAACAUGCUGCAGCAUUCAUGGAUGGAGGAAUGUAUGUGGCCACAAGGAGUCCUGGUCAAACACAAUAAGAAUGUCUACAAAGCAGUUGGUCACUAUAAUGUGGCCAUCCCCUCUGAUGUGUCUCACUUCCGCUUCCAUUUUUUCUUCAGUAACCCAUUGCGGUUGCUAAACAUUUUAACGACACUGGAAGGAGCCCUGAUCUUUUAUCAGCUGUACUCACUGUUAUCCUCAGAGAAGUGGCACCACACAAUCUCUCUGGCCCUCAUUCUCUUUAGCAAUUACUACGCCUUCUUCAAACUUCUGCGUGAUCGGAUUGUGUUAGGUAAAGCGUAUUCCUAUGUGGGCCCAUCAGACUCCGAACAGAAGAUGAACUGACGCACAUCCCUGCCCUUUGUGCCAGAGCUCUGUAUUUUUGUUACUAUUGCUUUUUUUCUUUGUGUAAUUAAAUUUAAGAGCAUAUUUUUUUACUCUGA